AUGAGCGCGAAGAGAAACGGCAUCGGCGUGCUGUCGCUCUCGGUGAACGCGACGCGCCUCCCCGCGGACGUCGCGGAGCUCCCGGACGGGUCGACGCUGCGGACGCGAUGGGGCGCGGACGCGGGGCCGGAGCCGUGGCACGGGUUCCAGCUGCGAUCGCUCUCUGACCUGCUGCAUCUCGAGAUUCGAGACGCGCGCGCGGACGCGCCGAUCGACGACGACGGCCCGCCGCUCCUCGCGAGCGUCAGCGUGAACGCGUCCGCGGUGCUCCAGGAUGCGUUCUUGGGCGCGGACGGCACGGAGCGCGAUUUCGAGUUGCGCGCGCCGAGGUCGAGCGCGCGGGCGUCGCCGAUCGCGACCGCGCGGUUGAAGAUUAAAUUUCAUCUCCAAGCCGACGUCCUUCAAGCGCUCGCGCGCGGCGUCGGCUUGGACGUCGCGUCGUUAGAGAGCGUGGAGACGUUAUCCGCGGGCGCGGUGUGCGCCGCGGAGACGCUCGCGUUCGCGAAGCUCGGGAUCGCGCCGCCGCCGCCGUCGGACGACGACGCCGCGCAAACGAAGAAAAAAACGCUCCGCGCGCGGAAGCUCGAGCUCGAGGAACGACUCGCGUUCAAGCGCGUCGCGCCGAGCCAAGCGCGCGCGAGCUCGCCGCCGUCGCCUCCGGACACGCCAAAGUACAAGAGCAUGACCUCCGGCGUGAAGCGUUUCCUGACCGGGAAGAUGGACGGGCGGAAGAAGGGCCCCCGCGAAGACGCGAACCUCGUUGACUUGCUCAAAGACGCCGAGAAGGCGUGA